AAUUUGGCCUGUGGAUGUUAGGAUUGGCGUGCAUGGCCUUGCAUUUUUGCAUAAAACACAUCACCGACUUUCAACUGCUGUGUGAUGUUUGGCGGUUUAGUAAAAAUUUGGAGAAAGUCCGUAAUAUUUAGCUAGUACUUCAAAAACUGUUGAGACUCUGGAACCUAAGGCCAUCACCUAAAGACUGGAACCACAGCAACCACAGCAUUUGCAGAACACUGUAUGACAAGGACAUCUGCAGGCUGUCUGUUCAGAGCCAUGAAGAUGCACUUCAAGUGUCGUGGUGGCAAGUACCCAGGCUCUGAGGUGGAGCGUGCGGCCGUGCCUGACGACAAGGUGCCCUGGUCAGUUAUGUGGCCCGAGUAUGCACCGCCUGUCUAUAGCAGCCCAGUUCUGGCCGGAAAACCGUGGGCAGACCCGGAGCUGUCGGAGGCCGGCUUCAGCCCGCGCUGGAACCAGCUGGAGGGAGGCGUGGACCGGCGCAGUCGCCAGCCGGAGGGGUACUCGCUGGACGCCGCCGGCGCGCCGCUCAACCCGGUGGGCCGGACCGGGCUGCGCGGCCGCGGUCUGCUCGGCCGCUGGGGGCCCAACCACGCGGCCGACCCGCUGGUGACGCGGUGGCGGCGCGGCGCCGACGGCGGCCGCUGGCUGCACCCGGCCAGCGGCCGGCCGCAGCUGCAGCUGGUCACCAUCCAGCGGCGCGACUGCGGACAAUGGGCGCUGCCCGGCGGCAUGGUGGACGCCGGCGAGCGCGUCUCGGCCGCCGUGCAGCGCGAGUUCAGGGAGGAGGCGCUCAACGCGCUGGAGGCGAGCCCCGAGCGGCGGCGAGAGCUCGAGCGCCAGGUGGCGGCCGUGUUCGCCGCCGGUAAGCCCGUCUACCAGGGCUACGUGGACGACCCGCGCAACACCGACAACGCCUGGAUGGAGACGGAGGCGUUCAACUUCCACGACGAGACGGGCGAGGCGGUGGGCGCGUUCCCGCUGCAGGCCGGGGACGACGCUGGCGCCGUGCGCUGGACGGACGUCAGCGCCGAGACCGAGCUCUACGCCAGCCACGCGGCCAUGGUGCGCGCCGUGGCCCAGAUGCACGGCGCACACUGGUGAGGGCACCACCGGAGCGGCCGCAGAGAUCGCCACCGGAGCGGUCAGGGAUGGCACGGUCGCAGAGGGUGAGUGUUCCGUAGCACCAGCCCCGAUGUGACGAGAUGUAAGGUUUCUGCCAGGGACACGCAUGGGUGAUAUAUUCUGCUUAAUGCCUUAAUGCGUGGAUCUGAUGGGAGAGCAUAGGCAGAUGAGUGCAUAGCAGUUUGCAGCUGUUAGUUGUGAUAGGAUUAGGCUUGUUCGGCCGAAAGUGAAUUGGAAGACUUUUUUUCUUGAAUUUUGCAUCACUUGAUACGAUCUUAAAGGAAGGGUGCCACCUUCCGAAAUUUUUGUUCUAUGAAUCUAUUUUACUUAUUUGAAUUUUUAGACGUGGUUAGCGCGUCCACAAUAUACAAAAAACCGAAACAUUGCAUUUAAUACAUUGGCCAAAAAAAAGAUCGUUGUUUAUAUCACCACUACAACUCAAGGUCGUUUGAUGUGGCAGCUAGGACGGCUGGCAUAUCCUGUUGUCAUGGCAACAUAUCAUUCUGCCAUUUGCAUUGAUGGCGCAACUGAGACAAAAAGAUGAACAAAUAAAAAGGAAGAAGAUAACAUGAUUUGAACUAAGUUGUAGGUAACCAAGUAGGUAACUGUUGGCCAUAUUUGCCACCUAAUUGGUAAUGAUGGUGAAUGACGGUGAAGUCGAGUAAAGGUUUUUCCUUUACAAUGCUUAAGAGAUCUAUGGAACCCUUCACCCUUCAUGCAACUUACUAGAAAAACUUCCCAAUUAAAAUUUUAAAACUUAAGUGUAUACCAUAAAGAAAAAAUAUACCCUUUCAAAAUGAUAAAACAUGCUUCAAAAGUAUAACUUUUAUACAUACCUUUGCUGAUUUCAUGUUUUAUAAAAUACCCUUAACACGACGAGGAAAUAGUGCUGAAGAUUUUUGCCUGCCCGAAUGCUGGCAGCAAAACUCGCAAAUGAUAACUUCACGUGCGGAUUCAAUGCUGACCGUCUCGAGCAUAGGUAAGUGAAGCCGGUUUUUAGGUUCAUGUGAGGCUAAUCUUGUAAAAACUGCGUUGUGUCCAAAAGGUGGCACCCUUCCUUUAAGUGGUAGGUACUCAUAGUAUUAAUUGUUAAGGAGACUGCGAAGGCUUUACUUUUGCAUCAUUUUUAUUCUGUGUUUUUGAAAACCCCGUCUUGUUAACCCAUGGGGUUCUGUUCUAAAAGACGUAAUUUUUAUUGAAGCUUAUGGUUCGCUCGGUCUUUUCUUUUCGUCCCAAAGACCAGAAAUAUUACAAGUUGGGCAUGUUUUUGUAUUGUCUGUACACGGCAAUAGGCUCUCAAUAGAACAUAUGGGAUCAAUGCUUUAUACAAUUUGUUGAAUCACCAAUACACGGUGGCUAGCUGUA